GUCAGAUUGUUUAUUAUGCGCAAAAACAGUGAAAGUUUUUGAAAAAUAAAGAAUUUCAAGUUUCAUCCACAUGCAAAAUGGAGUCCACUCAACUGUACCUCAACGAGCAGCUCGUGACCAUAACCGCCGAUUCGCACACCAUCAAAAAGCUCAACGACGACGACCAAUACCUCGCCGAAUACGUGAACAAAGCUGCAAAAAUGGGCCAAUUCCAUUUCCUCUUCACCAAAGAGCCAAAUCUACGACGAAUUGUCGUCAAACGCGCCCCAUCCACCCUCCAAAACGUGUGGUACAAAAAGGGUCGCCCUUCGGAAACCGACAUUAGCGCAGCCACCCAUUUGUUAAAACUUCGCAACUCUGAGAAAUACUCAUCGAGAUUCAAGAACAGUUUUCUGAAAAACAAACUGUGGGAGGAAAUCGCCGCCGAAAUGCGAAUGGCGGGCUAUGACGUCGAUGGGCCCAAAUGUGCACAAAAAUUUCUCAAUUUGACCCAAAAAGGACCAGAAAUGGGCGAGUUGGGCACUGAAAUGAAGAGUGAAGAAGACGAUGAUGAGUGGGUGCCAAAAAACAAACUCAAGAAGAAAAGCGAUGAAGACGAUUGUGAUUUUUUGAAGAAGUUCAUUAAGAAGAAUAGUAAACAAAAGGAAGAACGGUAUAGGGAAAUGUGUGGGUUGAUUAGACGCAAAAAUGAGUUGCUUGAAGAGAAAUUGAAGCAGAAUCGGGAAAUUAUAACACUACUCGGGAAAUUAGUUAAGAAUUGAUUAUUUAUUCUUUGACAGUUUGGAAGACUAUUUUAAAAAUAAUAAAAUUAG